AAUGACGCAAUUCAUGACUAUGAGUGUGGCGACCACCAUGACGAAAAGGAGAUACCUGAGAAGUCCGGGGUGUGUGACUUCACAGCAUCCCAGCUUCUCUGGCAUCACCAUCUCCCUCCCCACUCCCUCAAGCUGGUCCUCUGACCUCACAAACACCUCUUGGUGAGGGGCUGCUAGGCCAGUGUCUUCCCCGACCCUUCCCUCCCACCUUCUGCAGCGGCCAUGAAAGGGACCCCCAGCUCCCUGGACACCCUGCUGUGGGUCUACCACUAUCACAGCUCCACCGAGGUGGCUCUCCAGCCCCCGAUUCUAUCUUCCCUGGAACUGGCAGUGGCUGCAGCCCAUGAAUAUCUGGAGCAGAGGUUCAGAGAGCUGAAGUCCCUGGAGCCGCAGGAGCCCGAGGAGCCCACCCUGGGGCUGGUGCUAAGAGAAGCCAUGACCAGCAUCAUGAGCUUCGGAGUCACCUUGUUAGAGAUAUCAGCCCUUUGGCUGCAACAGGAAACACGAGGACUGCACAGCAGCGACAGCAGCCCAGGGCGAGCUGCAGAUGCCGGAGAUCCGGGUGGGGCACUGGCCCGGGUAGCUCAGGCUGCCGGACAUGGGGCUCUGCAAGCUGGGGCUGCGGUGGGCUGGAGCGCCCGGCUCCUGGUCCAGGGGCUGUGGCUGUGUGGACGGGGUCUGCAGGGGUCUGCUUCAUUCCUGCAACAGUGGCCGCGCCAGCUGGGCCUCGGAAUCCCCGGGGAGCCAGUGAGUUUGGAGUGGGGGGCAUGUCCUUUGGGUGCCAGAGAUGGGGCUGAGGAGACGCCGAGCCAGACUGUCCCCCAACAGAGACACUCGGGAGACCUCAAGGUGACGUCCAGCAGCAGUGAGGAGGACAAGAAACCAGAGCAUCCAUCACCACCCUAGCUCCACCGCAUGUCCAAAUAAAGUCCAGAGGGGUCAGAACAGCCAGUUUCUCCUAGUCACUGGGUUUAGGCCUCACCCCUCCCAGUCGGGCCGCGUUCCCGCCCCAGUCCCCUGGCCCCGCCCCCACGCGGGUGACCUCAAGACCCACUCUGUCCUUACUUGCCCAGCAGUGGCACGCUCAGAGAUGUCUCUGGGAUUUUCUGAGCAAUUAGGAACAAGAAGACAGUCUGGGCGAGCAG